AUAACACUAGUUUACACCAAAAGUGAACCUUCGAAUUGAAAAAGUGUCUACAGGAACCCGAAGUCGAGGAACUAGAUGUUUAUUUUUCUUAAGCUGCGCUUUGAGAUAUUCUCUGAAUGUUGGAUUUUAGACACAUGAUUCAAAUAUUCCUAUACUUAUCUCGAGAACCAUUUUGUCCAACCACAAACAUCUUGCAUGAAUGGGAACGGUACAAUUAUACAUGGCAUGCAAUUGCUGAAGACCAGGGCGGCGAAAGGAACCACGGAACUAGUUUCUAUUUUGCUGCCAUCGUAGCCCUGCGCAGAUAAGGUUUAUAUGGAAGAAAACCAAUUAACAAUUUUUUUUUAAUACAUAAUAAGCGGCAAUAGGCAAUAAUAUAUUUAUUUACUGCAAACUCCUUCGAAUCCGUGCUGAAGAACGUCUUUAUAUUUAAUUGCUGUUGUGGCUGGAGGUCAAGAUGGCCGAAUUGGUGAGAGAUUGGCUGGCGGACUAUCAGCGAACGCGUCGACAGCCGACUUCUUCAGAGACGGAGGCGUUCGUGGUGGAGCACGAAACGGAUCCGGAAAUUGCCGAGGCCAUUUUCACAAUACUUAAUGACCGCCAACGCAAUGUGGGUCUAGUUCAUGAUAUCUGCCAGCAACUGCUAUCCUUCUAUAGAUCGCCAGAGCAGACACUUCAUAAAUUUCCGCUCCAAUUCAUUCCCGUUCUGAUCUACACGUACCUACAUUCCGUGGCUGCCGGUGAUAAGAAAUCCGCUCGCGGCAUGGAGACGCUGCUAAUAUGCAUUUACAACGGCGAGGUGUCCACCGACGAUGGCGGCCAAAGAGUGGUGGCCUUCCGUAUGCCCAUUCUGGCGCAGUGCUCGGUCUACCACGAGCUUAAAAAUCUACCGAUGACGGAUCUUCGACGAUGGGAGGAGAACUGCAAUCGUGAGGUCAAAUGGGGACCCCAUAUGCGCAUUGAGAAUAUAUCUGCCCAGAACAGGAUGCGGGUACUGACGGCACUGCUUUUUUGCUACAACCAGCAAGUGAGCCAGACACAGAAAACAUCGCUGCUCCAUUUGUGCCGAGUUGCUUCGCAACUGGUCUGUCAGGGAUUCACCACCAAAUCAGGUCAUGGGCAUCGCAUGAGCUAUGGCACUGAUCCGGCCACGGGAGUGACGUUUCCGAAACCUUCCUCGCCCCGCAUUCCAUUAUCCAGUGGCUUUUUAACCGAACUUGUCCAUGCUAUUUAUUUUGCAAUGUUCAAUGGCUAUGGAACUAUUGCUAUUCAAACUAUGGAGGAUAUACAUCAACGUGCCACUUACGAGUUGUAUACGGAACUCAUUUUGGUCACCAGCGCAGUGCGCAAUUCUCUGCAAGCCAAUCCCUCAGGGCAGCCCCAUGACGGACCCAUGGGACUGAGCGUAGCUCUGACUCCAGCAACCACAACAGUAACCACUUCUGUCUCGAAAUCCAUGAUCACCAAUGCCUCAUUUCGUACGAAAAAGCUUCCCGAUGACAUACCAAUCCAAGUGCAGGACUUAACCAUGCCCCAGGCUCCACAGCAGCAGCAGCUUGCUAGUGUAUCGGAGGAAACCGAGCCUACAGGGGGAACCAAAGAGUCACCAUCCACUAAGGAAAGCUCGGGGACACGCACUUCCAUUAUGCGGCCCAGUAUGGAGGGCAUCAAGGCUCAGGCACAUAAGGCGCUGAUAGCAGGCUUCAAGAAAUCGAAGGAUAAAGAAAAGGACAAGGAGCCGCCAAAACCACCACAGCGAAAAUUCGAUAAACAUACUCAGCGAAACUCUAUGCUCCAACUGCAAUCGGAGCAAUUGAAUUCGAGCGCUGAGCAACAACAACCCACCUCUAAUUCUGCCUCGGAUCUACUGCCCAUGCAAACGCUGUCGUUGAUCAAUGAAAAUGGUGGCGGAAGCAACAGCUUUAGCAUUGACAGCGAUCUAAAUGACGGUGUGGGAGGAGGGGGAAUGGGUGUCGGGGGCAGUGGCGUAUCUGCUCUGCCCACAAUGAGCAGCAAUACGAACUCCCUGACCAGUAGCGAAAUGCUGACCAAGAGUUUCGAUUCCAGCAUUGAGCUGGCACCCAUAGGCCACAGCUCCAGCAAUGGCAACAAGCUCAAUGAACACGGGCAUGGAAUUGAGUAGAUAUACAUAUACAGGUAAACGCAGGAGAUCAGAUCAGAUCACCAAGGGGAAGGUGCAACCAAUUAGCCAAAUUCAAGUAUAUAAUUAUAAUCAUUAUCACGUAUUAACUAAACAAGUUGAAUAUUAAUUCGUUAAAUUAUCCCUUCUAUAUAUUAGUUAGUUUCGUAUUUUCCAAUUGUUGGAAUUAAACAUACAUAUGUAUACUUGUGUGUAUCGUUUAGAUUCAGGGUAUUAUAGUCCUAUCCUUUUCCCAGCUCACAAAACCAAAACUUAAAACGGAGAACUCUUGUUUUGUGUCCAUUUAUUUGAACUAAUCCACAAAUAUACAGAAAAUAUUUAUUGAAUGUUGACUUAAAGCUAAACCAUGUUAAUGAUUUCAAAUAAAACAUAUACUAUACAUAAA